CGAGUCGGUGUUGGGUUGAGGGGUGAUGUAGGAGGGAGGGAAAUUAGUGUAGGUGGCGGAGGCGGCGCCUUGCCCCUAAAUGGGCGCGAUGCUGGCUAGUCGCACCGUCCUUAGGAGUCCACACCAGCUCGGUCCUGGGAAGGCUUUGAGAGAGGGAUUUAAGUGCCGUAAUUGCAGGCAGGCUAGGUCCAGCGCUCAGGCUCUGGCUGCUCUUAUGCUGUUGGCGGCUGAUGCCCGGGUCCCUGGAGCGGGUUCUUUCAUCUGUAGAAUGGAAAUAAUGACAACACCUACCUCCUAAAGCUAUUCUGAGGAUCAAAGGAGUUAAGUAUAUUUAUUCCUGGAUAUAUGUCUACCACCCCCAGAACUGAACCCUCCUUUGCAACAAAGGAAAAUAUGAGAAACCAGAAUCAAAAUGCCUGAGAAUCAGAGAGCAAGCUUCAAAAGCCAUGAGAGCCUUCCUGGAACUCCCAAUGAAAAUUCUGUGUUGUGUUUUGGGCAGUACCAGUACACAGCAGAUGAAUACCAGGCCAUCCAGAAUGCUCUGAGACAAAGGCUGGGCCCUGAAUACAUCAGUAGUCGACAAGCUGGAGGUGGCCAGAAGGUAUGUUACAUUGAAGGUCAUAGGGUCAUCAGUCUGGCCAAUGAAAUGUUUGGCUACAAUGGCUGGGCUCAUUCUAUCACACAGCAAAAUGUGGAUUUUGUUGACCUCAAUAAUGGCAAAUUCUAUGUGGGGGUCUGUGCAUUUGUGAGGGUCCAGCUAAAGGAUGGUUCAUAUCAUGAAGAUGUUGGUUAUGGUGUUAGUGAGGGCCUAAAGUCAAAGGCCCUGUCUUUGGAGAAGGCAAGAAAAGAGGCAGUGACAGAUGGACUGAAGCGAGCUCUCAGGUGUUUUGGGAAUGCUCUUGGGAAUUGUAUCUUGGAUAAGGAUUACCUGAAAUCUUUAGACAAGCUUCCACGACAGUGCCCAUCUGGACUGGACUUAACAAAAAUCAAAAGACAAGACUUUGAACCAUCUGUAGAGCAGACAAGAUAUCACAGCUGCCUAAAAAAUGUGGUUCCUGUACCCCAACAGGUGCAGGAGGUGGUAUCUCCUUGUGGACCAGAUUGCGUAGAAUCUCCUGCCAUUGUGGUACAGGGAGAUCCAAGAAAUGGUUCAUGCAGAAACAUCUGCUUGUCCUUGGAGGGGGAUGCCACAUACCAGCGGAAGCUUCGGCAAAAGCAAUUGCAGCAGGAGUUCCGGGAACAGAUGGAAAAGCAGCAGCAGCAGCAGCAGGAUCACAUAGCAGCUCCUUCAGGGGAAUUUCAGAGACACAGUAGACCAGAAAAGCCAGUAACAGAGUCCUUGAGGACAAAGAGAGGAGGACUUGGGGUCCCUCCUUUGAAGCACAGCACUCCAAUGGCUGCUAUUCCAGGGCCACUCCCAGAGGAAGAAUUCCUUGAAGAUGAUCCUGAAAUGUGGGAUCUCCCUUUAGAUGAAGCAGACGUAAAUGCCAUUAAGCCCGUGCUGGGCUCCGGGGCCAGUUCAUCCCAUCCCCCUGCCACACCUGGCUCGAAGAAUCACGUGACAGCCUUGAGCAAGAUGCCUCCUAAGCUGAGCCACCAGAGGCCUUAUGUAUCAGGAAACAGCCCUUAUAGGAAGAGCCAGGGCCUGAAGAAAAGAAAAUUGGAUUCCCAUUAAAUGGCGCCUGGAACCCUUCUGAUCCUGGGCCAUUAGAAGGACCUUGGAAAAUACCAGGAGGCUGUACUGAAGAGGACUUUACCUCUGUCAUGGCCUUGAGUUUGGAAUUAGAAUUCACUUCCUUACAGUUCUCUCCCAGGGAUAUCAUGAGUCUUACUCCCUUGGACUUCACAGACUUUAAUCAAGGCAUUUCCCCAAAGUGAUGGUUUUGAGGUCCCACUCCAUGAAUCUUGACGCUUUUUUAAAAAUCAAGCAGGUUUCAGGGCCUGCCUCCUGCAUAGAUUGCCGACAAAACUCAGGAGAAAGUGAGCAGCAUAUUUAGAAUCCCCCGUGCUAUGGAAGGAACCCAAGUCAGAACUUCAUCUUGGUUUAAGACCAGCAAAGCUACCCAGAUAAGGGGUCAUUAGAUGUGAAGGCAAAUACUCUCCUUGAACCUUUGCCCUUUUAGUGCUACAAGAAUGUUAAUAAAAUGUAGGUUUUAUCAGUUAUUAGUUGGCAGCCUCUAGCAGUGCUUAUUUUCCAGGGGAAGCACUCUGUUAAUUAAGCAUUCUCCAAGCCAUUUUGAUACAACUGUUUGGUAAUACGGCUUGGAAGCAAAGAUAACCCACCUCUGCUGCCUAAUACUUCUGCUCUCCUCAGGCUAUUCUCUUUCAUUUGAGAUUGUCACCUUUCUGUGGCACCCAGAUUUAUUUCCUUUAAUACCUUGAAAAUCAAAUACCUGGAAGCGUAGUCUGUGGAUAAAAAUGACAGACUGAUAUCCACAGCAGUUCAGGCUCCAGUAGGAAUCUUUGGUUGCCUUCUUACAUAGUAAGGGGAGCCGGCAUGGAACAUUUCAGCAGCAGCAACUCCCCAUCUUCAGACUUUCCGCAAUCUACUUUUUAAAACAUGACAUUCACUAGGAACAUAUACUUGUUGACUUCUUACUUUUGCUCCCUCCCUUCAUUCAGCUGUACUUUAAGAGAAGAAUCAGCUGGGGGGCAGCUGGGUAGCUCAGUGGAUGGAGAGCCAGGCCUAGAGAUGGGAGGUCCAAGGUUCAAAUGUGGCCUCAGACACUUCCCAGCUGUGUGACCCUGGGCAAGUCACUUAACCCCCAUUGCCUAGCCCUUACCACUCUUCUGCUUUGGAACCAAUAUACAGUAUUGAUUCCAAGAAAGAAGGUAAGGGUUAUAAUAAAAAAAAAAGAAAAAGAAUCAGCUGUUAUCUCUUCAGGUAUUGUUGCCCACAAACCCUUUGGUUGCUAAUUGCACCCAUCUCAGAAGCUUGUUUUAAGGAUCGGGUGAGAUAAUGUGCUUUUGCAAAUGUUGGUGUGCUAAAUAAAUGCCAGUGAGGGCAUUAUGAGGUCCUUCCUGUCACAAAUCAACCUUGGCCUUCCCUGAACACCCCCUGCCCCCCAACUUUGGAGGUUCCCUAAGGGCAGGGACUCUUAUCCCCACUAUCUAGCACACAGUUGGCAAUUGUUAUGGGAGAAAGCUCAACCCUGCUAUAGCUUAAAAAAAAAAAACACAACACAUCAUGCAAUACUAUAUGUAGCUCUUCUGAUGUUUUUAUCCCUCCACAAUAGUGACUGUAAGCCUGCUCCAUUAACAGCAAGAUCCCCUCUGUGUGGGGGGAUGUUGCCUCAGGGUGACAUUCCACCAGAGAAGGAAACUGUCAGCAGAUACUUUGUUGUUCCCUCUCUGGCUGUCCCACAAUAAAACUUGUUAGCCAAGACACAGUGCCUGCAUACAGUGUGGAAAACUUAUGCCAUGGGCAUUCUCUUCCUCCUCCUCUUAGUUCCUGACUCUUCCCUUUCUGCCCCCCACCCCCAUAAGCUUCCUCUUGCCAAUCACUCUUUUUACAUGCCUGCCCACCUGUGUCCAAAAGGAAAUCCUCUAUUUCUAGUGUCAUCUUAGGCAAGAGUUUGAUCUGCUCAAAGUAGAGAUGUUGAUUAGCCUGGGGCCUUGGGUCUUAGGCCGACUGGAAAAAAGGCUGCAAGUGAAACCACAGCUCCACAAAAGCAAGUUCGGUUUAUUUGAAUGGUUUCAUUAAAUAAGUCUACAAAGGUAACAAACUGCAGCGCAAAGCGCAAUCUUACAAGAAGCGCAACGGCCAGUUAGUGCAAAAUAUACAAUUAACGGCUGCUCAGAAACCCCCAAGGUUUGAAUUAAUUUUAUUUUUUUUUACAGUGUACAUUGUUAAAUAAUGUAAAGAAAACAUUUGUAAUUAAGAAACAGUUUUUUUUUAAAUGUGGAAAAAGAUACUCUAAGUGUACUAUUAACACAAAAUAAUUUAAACAGUUCAGUAGCAUUAGUUUAUUCCUCUAGGUUUCAGUUAUUUCGUCCACAGGUGGGAAAUCAAUAGUAAAUAAAAACCAGUUCUUGGUAAA